AUGAAAGAAGUUAUUAUUAUUGAAGAUGAGUUUGAUUGCCUAUCAAUACUCUAAGAAUUUAAUGUUAACUAACAGUAUGAAAAAAUUUCAACACCUUAGCUGAAGACCUUGGCAGCAAACAUUAGAAGGAUGAGAGACCUAACAUAGCUAAGCAUUAUACUUAACAAUAACUAAAUUUAAGAUUUGGGAUAGAUAUUAGGCCAAAGUAUUUAAAGCUGUUCAAAGUUGUAAAAGUUAAAAUUAGAUUUGAGUGAUAAUAAAUUAAACAAAGCAGGAAUUUUUGAAAUCUCUUAGAUAUUUAAAAAAUGCUAACAUAUUUCAGAGCUUUAUUUGAAUUUGAGUGCUAAUUAAAUAUGUGAAAAAGGAGCUUAAUAUUUUGGAUAAGGAAUUAGCCAUUGUUAAAAUUUAAUGAUUUUUCAUCUAGAUUUAAGUGAAACAGAUCUUGAUCAUUAAGGCUUAUUUUGGAUAGGAAAUGGCAUAUCACUGACCCAAAAUUUACAAAGACUAUGUCUAUAAAUUACAAACUCUAAAAUUAGUUAAGAGAGUGUUAACAGUUUAAUGAAGGAUUUUUACAAGCUUAAAAUUCUCUCUAAUUUAGAAAUAGAUUUUUAUAAUACUUUUAUAAGUAGCAGCGCUUUUAUAGAGAUUAGUGCUGGUGUAUCGAAACUUUGUGGAUCUAUUCAAUAGUUUUUUCUAACAAUGAAUUAUGUAGAAAUUGGAAUAGAGACACUGAAAGAAUUUCUACUUAGAGUUUCAAAAUGCAUUUAUUUAACUGAAUUUUCUAUAUAUUACAUCUUUUUCUCAAAUUAAGAACUAGAACAUCUUGCCAAAUUUUUGGUUAAUUUACCUUCUCUUCAAAAUUUUAAUUACAUUUUAAAUUCAAGUUAUAAGUAUGAAAAAAUAAAUUUAAUAACCUUUUUGAGAGAAAUUUCUUCAAGUAAGAGCUUACAAUUAAUAAAUAUUGAUAUGAGAAAUAAUCAAAUUUAUACUGAUAUUAGUGAUUUAACUUUACUAAAUGAACUAAACUUUCCUUAAUAGCUUAAGAUUUUGAAUCUAUAACUCUAAAACUGUAAAAUCUGUCAAGAAUUAGCUUUUUAAAUUGCAUUUGCGAUAAAAAAGUGUGUAUAUCUUUAAGUCGUUUAUCUUAAUAUGAACUAUAAUAAUCUACAAAAAAGAUUGGUCAAAAUAAUGCUUUUGAAAAUAUUUAAAUCUAAAAGACUUUCUUUAUUUAAUUUAAAGUGUUUCAAUUCAUCUAAUUAUUUAAGUUAUUUUUGA